UUUUCUUUCUAUUCUCUCUCUCUCUCUCUCUCCCCUCUGCCCUUAACUUUCUCUUUCCUAAAACCGCCUACAUGAGCAGCUUAAUUUAGCAAAGAGUUAAAGGUGGUAUAUAUGGUUUGAGUCACCUUUUCCUUUAUCUCACUGGCUUCAGUUAAAGUUGAGGGACUUCUGGUGUUUUCCUUGCUUAAAGCAGUUUGACACGACAUCGGAUCGAUCUCUGUCGGUAUUAUUAGGACUCUUGUUGAACACUAUUUCUUGAUAUCAAAGUCCCAACUCUAGAGACCUAAAUUGGUGCAUGAGAAGAGAGAAUUUCAUGGAAGAUUGAUAAAAAAAGAAAAAAGAAGGCACCGCCUGUUCGCUCUAGCGAUGAAUACAAGUCAGUUGGGUUCGAUUAGUAGCUCUGAUCUCAUUGAUGCAAAGCUGGAAGAGCAUCAGCUGUGUGGAUCUAAGCAGUGUCCCGGUUGCGGACACAAGCUUGAAGGAAAGCCGGAUUGGGUAGGUCUACCAGCAGGAGUGAAAUUUGAUCCAACAGACCAAGAAUUGAUAGAGCAUCUUGAAGCAAAGGUGGACGCUAAGGACUCAAAAUCUCACCCUUUGAUUGAUGAAUUCAUCCCUACCAUUAAAGGAGAAGAUGGGAUUUGUUAUACUCAUCCUGAAAAACUUCCAGGAGUCACCAGAGAUGGCUUAAGCAGGCAUUUCUUCCACAGACCCUCCAAGGCAUACACAACCGGUACAAGAAAAAGACGAAAAAUUCAAACCGAAUGUGACUUGCAGGGUGGCGAAACCCGGUGGCACAAGACUGGAAAGACGAGACCAGUCAUGGCAAAUGGCCGGCAGAAAGGGUGCAAGAAGAUUCUAGUACUCUACACAAACUUCGGCAAGAAUAGGUCAUCUAUCAUUGAAUACAAUAUCAGAAGUUCAAAAUUCCAUUUAAAACCAUGCUUGGGAUGUGCCUGUCAAUGGAAACCAGAGAAAACCAAUUGGGUGAUGCACCAGUACCACCUGGGUCAGCAUGAAGAAGAGAAGGAAGGAGAGCUUGUGGUGUCAAAGAUAUUCUAUCAGACUCAGCCAAGGCAGUGCAAUUGGUCGGAUCGGAGCGGAGCUGCUGCUGCCGGAGAAGGAAACAGUACUGAGCCUAACAGCAGGAGAGGAGAGAGUGGGAGUUGUUCUUUGAAGGAAUUGGAAGUGAUAACUCAGAGAGAUGAACUGUCUGCAGUUGGGGUUGGUGUUGGGGCUGCAAUGUCAAGUUACAGUGCCAUUGAUAUUCAACAAUUGAAAGCUGACCAUUUUAGCUAUGCCCCAUUUAGGAAAAGCUUUGAUGAGGCUAGAGUGGGCGAGGCUUCAACUACAAGGGAGGCAUCCGCGUCAGGCACUUGCGAAGAGCAUAACCUCCACGAGCUCCAAAGGCCGCGUCACGCGAUCCAUGAACAACAACAACAACAACAUCAACAUCACCAGAUUGCUUCGACAGCCUUCCACAUUAGUAGGCCUUCACUUCCCAUUUCCACCAUCAUCUCUCCACCUCCCCUCCACCACACCUCCAUUAUUCUUGAUGAGGACUCCUUCCAUGUCUCCAGAAUAAUGCUCCAAAAUGAAAAUUUCCAGCAACAGCAGCAACAACAUCAUAAACUAGGUGGUAGGUCUGCAUCUGGGUUGGAAGAACUCAUAAUGGGCUGCACAUCAAAUGCUGCUGAUAUGAAGCAAGAGUCAUCCAUGACAAACCCACAAGAGGCAGAAUGGUUGAAGUACUCCUUCUGGCCUGACCCUGACAACCCAGAUCAUCAUGGGUAGGAGCAAAAAAAGAGAGGAGAAAAAAAAAAUAUAAAAAUAAAAAGAGAAUAAACAAAAACAAAAGAGAGACUCAGACAACAUCAUUGUCACCAUCAUUUAGUACUUCAAGCCUUCCUCAAGUUCUAUUCAGCAUGAGGCCAGGAACAACCAUCCAUGGUUUGCUCUUUUUUCGUAACUUUCUUCUGGGAACCGACAACAAAUUAAUGCUAGGUACACAGAAAAAAAUAUAUAGAAGAGUGUUCAGAAUUUGAAAAUGUGUGAAUUAAAUUAUUCUUAUUUUAGACAUAGUCCACAACCACCAAGUUUAAAUCCACACGACAAAUUCAAUUUUUAGACACUUUUCUAAAUAUUUUUUCUAGGUAGAUAGCAUUUAUGCUCAACCCGUGUUUGGGAAGAAAGAAAGAAGAAUGCAGCACCAAAAAAGCAAAGAGAAAAAGAAAAGAAAAAAGACCAAGAAAGUCUGCUCUCUACUACUGACAAAUAGAAGGGAAACCCAAGACCCAAUGCAGCAUGAAAAUCAUCAACAUUAUGAUUACAAUGUAAUCUUUUUGGCUAUUCAUAUUAUUUGUUUAUUUGUAUAAUUUCUUUUAUUGUUUGUUUUUUAAUUUACUUUUUCUUUUAAAACAAGAAACACCACAGGGUUUGUGCAAAUUGCAUGCAAAAGAGAAACUUUGUUAAAAUGUGUUGUGAGUAGUCACUUUUUCGAAUAGAAUAUGUGUAUUGGGGCUCGAAUGAAUUCCCUUUAUAGAAAAUCAAAAUGUACUAAGAAUUUUUUAAUGUUAUUGGUGCCUCACUUUC